GCACAAAUUAAAUUGAAGGCUUGGGAUUCAGCAUUAGUCACUGUAAAUCAGGUUGAGGUGAAGGAACUAACUAAGAAGCUGAAGGAAACAACGUUGAAGGAGCAACGAAUGGCGAGGAAGAUGUUGGGACUACCUGAAGACCCACCUCCUCCACCACCUCAACCCCUGAUAAAAAAAAACGAGCAGAUUAUCCGAGCCACCCUUGGCGCCAUUGUCGCGCUUGCAAUCGCUAUUCUUGUGCGCGAGAUAUCAAAGUUGUUUUAGUCCGACUGUUUGCAUUGUUUAAAUCGUUAAAUGAUUUUAAGACAUUUUUACCAUUCUUUUGAUAAACCCUUAAAUACUGAGCUUUCAAUUCAGUUAUUUUAAUUAAUGUUCACUGUUACCAAAUUAACAAGAUGUUAAGUGUCAUGUCUGUUUACUAUUUUUAACUGAUAUUUUGUCAGAUAUUGUUCCUAACUAGUGUAGACUCUACAGGCUCGAAGUUAUGUUGCCAAUUUUAGUAUUUUGCAUUUUAUUAAAUUUUAAAUUGUAAUAUUUAGUGAUCUCUGUUUUAUUUAUGUUUUGCACAAAUGUUUCGCAAAUGUUGUACAAUUUAUAAUGCAUGUAAAAAUUAGGUUGUACAAUUAAAUUAAAUGUCGAUCGAAACAUUAAUCUAAUCCAUCCAAUAUGCAUUUUCUGUGAUUUGAAGGGGAAAAAUAAAUAAUAAAUUGAUCAUGCUGUCCUGUCCUAAAUAUCGAUCAUUGUUAAUUUCA